CUUGUCGUGGCAGGGAGUUUUCUGUUUCUACUUGUAAUUCUGCUGCCUUUGCUGUCGCUCCUGCCGUCAGUAUUGCGUCUAGCUAAAGACGUUUGGUCUUCAGACCAACUCCCGUCAACGAGGCUAAUGAUCGUCUAUCUGCGAAACUGUAUCUGCGUGGUGAAGAGAGAUCGACUUUGCCGCUGCAAAGGUAGGGCCAAGCACAUCUGGCCGUCACAGAAUGGCAGUAAUGAUAAAGAAAACAUUUCGUGGUCUAAACUGGGUAUUAUGAUAUUCAAGUGUGCGACUGUGUAUGCAACUCUCCUGGCAUCUUGGAUUGAAGCAGAAUCAAGAGCUUUUGAAGUGUUUUUCAGGAUUGGUUGGUAUUAUGGACUGAUUAUGUUUGCUAUGUGGCUCAUUCUGUCAUUCGCUGUUGAAAUAAAAGCUAAAGCUACCAAAGUUGUCAAAUUUCCAUCUAUGAAUUUCAUGGGUGUUUUGUUUGAUAAGCCUAAUCCUGACAAGCACGUCAAUCUGACUACUUCUCAGAUAGCUAGAAGAAAUUUUCGAUCAAUCAGCAGAGUCUGUCUCUAUGUAUUUAUGGCUGUUCAUUGGAUAGUAUCACUCAUUGUGGGAAGCUUUACUGCAUCAGAACUUGGUUUAUCUAUUGGCACUUCAACAGUAUCCUUGUUGAUAAUGACAGCUGGACUUGUUUACAGUUAUUACAUGGUAUUUUCGUCUAACAAACCCCCAUCACAUUGCAAGGAUCAAAACUUGGAUGAUGCCUCGAGAACAAAACUGACAAUGUUAGGAUUGAACUAUCCAACUGCUACAGAUGUUGCUCACAACUGUGUUGCUUUUCUAGUGUUUGUACUGGUUUUGGCUCUUACUCUUACCGCUACGACUCAAUUUACUGAUGAUUUGAAGAAUGGUAAUUCAUGCAGAACAAAGAGAUCGACGCUAACCACAUUUGCCAGCAACAAUUUUGAUGAUACUCGAUAUGACAUCUGCUCUCAUCGCUGGUUUAAUCUUAGUAUUGUUGAUCUGGCUAUACUAGCUGAUAUUCCAUACUUUGAACUGAACAAGGAUGGAGAAAUACAAGAAUGCAACGACAGGAAUAUAAAUUAUGGAUCUUUGAAUCGACUCUUUCCUGAGUGGAAAUGGCAAAUACGAGGUCGACAAGGUGAAACUGACCAAGUUGGAUUCUAUGAACUGUAUAGCCAAGAGAACAAUGUGACUGUUUUGACUGUGAGAGGUACUAGGUUCUCUGCUACUCAAGAUCUUCUCCAAGAUGUUGACCUUUAUACUGAAGUUGUUUGCUUGCAGUUUUUCUCUUUGUUUGUUCCUCUAACCACUCUUCUUCCUGUUGAUACAAUAGCUGACAUUGUUUACUACUCAUCAUUCCUAGAAAGAACCAUUUAUCAUACAGGCCGUCACUACCAUACUGCUAUGAAUAAUUACGUUCAACAGCAUUCUCCACAAUGGGGUGGAAGGGCUGUAAUAACAGGUCACUCUCUUGGAGGCUCAGUUGGAAAGAUCAGUGGUUCACAAUAUGGAAUACGAACGUUUGCAUUCAAUAGUCCAGGCCUUCUAUUUUCUCGUAGAAAAUUUGGUUUGAGCAAAGAUGAUAUCAACAAAGCUGUGGUGAAUAUUGCUGCCAAACUUGAUGUUGUUUCUGAAGUGGACAGACUGGGUGGUUCAUCAAAUCGAAUCGGUUGCAGUUCUAAUAGCGUUGUCACGUGUCAUCGCUUGACAAACAUGAUAUGUGACCUUGUUCACUAUUGUCAAGAUAGCAGCAUUGCUGCACAAAUAGCAUGUGUUUAGAAGCUGACAUUCUUCAAGCAGUUAAUAAUAAUUAAGUUAGCUGGUCAUAUUGGCAAUAUAAUCAGUGAUAUUGCAUGUUUUGUGUUUUAGUGUGACAUGUAAAUAAUUGUUAUGGCUUCAACAAUUUACACUACAUUG